AAAUAUAAAGAGAAAGAUAAACACAAGCAAAAAUAUAAGAAGCAGUCGGAGUCUUCACCAUCCUUGGUUCCAUCUCUUACUGUAACUACAGAGAAAACGUACACAAGCACUAGCAACAACUCCAUGUCAGGUUCCUUGAAGCGGUUGGAAGAUACUACGGCUCGAUUUACAAAUGCAAAUUUCCAGGAAGUUUCUACACACGUUCCAAGUGGAAAAGAUUCUUCAGAGGCCAGAGGGUUAGAGGGCAAAGGGAAGAAGUCUGCAGGUCACAGCUCAGGUCAGCGGGGAAGAAAGCCUGGUGCUGGAAGAAAUCCAGGAACAGCUGUGACUGCCGCUAGCCCUUUUCAGCAAGGAAGCUUUUUGGGCACUCCUGGGAGCAUAAAGUCAUCUUCUGGAAGUUCAGUUCAGUCUCCCCAGGACUUUCUGAGUUUUGCAGACACAGAUCUGCGAAGUGACAGUUUCACACAUUCUCAGCAGGCUUCUUCAACCAAAGAUGUACAUAAAGGAGAGACUGGGAGUCAAGAAGGGGGUGUCAAUUGCUUCACUUCCUUAAUUGGUCUCCCGUCAUCAGCAGCUGUUUCCCAAUCUAAAAACUUUGACAGCUCACCUGGAGACAUAGGUAAUUCAAGCCUUACUUCUACAGCCUACAAACGAGCUCAGACUUCUGGAAUAGAAGAAGAAACUGUAACAGAGAAGAAACGGAAAGGAAAUAAGCAAAGUAAACACGGGCCUGGUAGACCCAAAGGGAAUAAAACUCAAGAAAGUAUUUCCCAUCUUUCAGUUUCUUCUGCUUCCCCAACUUCAUCUGUGGCAUCUGCUGCAGGAAGUGUUACAAGCUCUGGUCUUCAAAAAUCUCCAACUUUGCUCAGGAAUGGAAGUUUACAAAGUCUUAGUGUUGGCUCAUCUCCAGUGGGUUCAGCUUUCUGGAAGUUGAUGAAUACCAUACAUAAUGGUAUUUUUAGCAGCAAUGAUGUAGCAGUAUCAUUUCCAAAUGCAGUAUCUGGCUCAGGAUCUAGCACUCCCGUUUCCAGUUCUCAUUUACCUCAGCAGGCUUCAGGCCACUUGCAGCAAGUGGGAGCUCUGUCACCUUCAACUGCGCCUUCUGUAACUACUGUUGUUGCUGCAACUCAGGCAAACACCCUACCUGGAUCUUCUCUCAGUCUGCCUCCAUCCCACAUGUACGGCAAUAGGCUGAAUCCAAAUUCGGCAAUGGCAGCACUUAUAGCUCAGUCUGAAAACAGCCAAGCAGAUCAAGAUCUUGGAGAUAACAGCCGCAGCCUUGUUGGCAGAGGAGGUUCACCCAGAGGAAGUCUCUCACCACGAUCCCCUGUAAGCAGCUUGCAGAUCCGCUAUGAUCAAUCAGGGAACAGUUGUGGGGAAAAUCUGCCCCCAGUAGCAGCCAGCAUAGAACAGCUUCUGGAGAGGCAAUGGAGUGAAGGACAACAGUUUUUGUUAGAGCAAGGCACCCCUAGUGACAUUUUAGGAAUGCUUAAAUCAUUACACCAACUUCAGGUUGAAAACAGGCGGUUAGAAGAACAGAUCAAGAAUCUGACUGCUAAGAAGGAGCGGCUUCAGCUACUCAAUGCGCAGCUUUCGGUGCCCUUCCCAACAAUAACGUCAAAUCCCAGUCCUUCUCAUCAAGUGCACGCCUUUCCAGUACAAGCAGCACCUAGCACUGAUUCCUUGAACAGCAGUAAAAGCCCUCAUCUGGGAAACAGUUUUUUACCGGACAAUUCUCUUCCUGUAUUAAAUCAGGAGAUAACCUCCAGCGGCCAAAGCACCAGCAGCUCAUCGGCUCUUUCCACUCCCCCACCUGCUGGGCAGAGCCCAGCGCAGCAAAUGCAGCCCGUAACCUCCACCAUUCCGGCAGUGCCUGCUGUGGGUGGACUCAUUGGAGCGCUGCCAGCCGGCCAGCUGGCGAUCAAUGGCAUCGUCGGGGCUUUAAACGGGGUCAUUCACACCCCAGCAACAAUAUCGCAGAACCCCUCUCCUCUUGCUCACACGACUGUGCCACCCAAUGCGACGCAUCCUCUGCCAACAACCUUAAAUAACAGUGCCUCGGGACUGGGAUUACUUCCUGACCAACAGAGACAACUUCUACUCCAUCAACAGCACCAGCAAUUUCAGCAAUUACUAAGUACCCAGCAACUCACAUCAGAACAACAUCAGGCCCUUUUGUAUCAGUUAGUACAGCAACAGCAUCACCACCACCAACACCAUCAGUCUGAAGUACAGCAACUGCAGAUUACUGGAGGAGCACAGAUACCCAUCAACAACUUACUUUCAGGCACGCAGGCCUCACCACUUAACGCAGCUCCAACCAACCCAUUCCUUACAAUUCAUGGAGAUAACACGGCUCAGAAGGUGACAAGGCUCAAUGAUAAAACUGGACCAGUUGCGUCAGAGAAGAGUUGA